GGACAGCGGCAUGGCGGAGCUUCAGAAAGAUGUCUUGAGUAACCUGGAGGCUAAUGCGUCUUCUCUGCAGCAGGGUCCGGAGCGCAGAGUGGUUCGGUCGGUCAAAGUGAUCGGUGACACGGACCACACGGUCUCGUUGAACUGGCGCGCACCCACCGCCACAAACACCACGUCCUUCAGCGUUCUGUACGCCGUCUUCGGGGAGCGGGACAUGCGUCGGAUUAAUGUUGCCCCGGGCAAGAAUCGCAUCACGAUCGAAGGCCUCGUGCCCAAAACCAAGUACAUAGCCUGUGUGUGCGUGAAGGGCCUCGUCCCCAAGAAAGAGCAGUGUGUGAUUUUCUCCACGGACGAGGCGGCCAGCGCCAGCGGCACACAGAAGCUCAUUAACGUGGUGGUGAUCACGGUCGCCUGCGUGAUCGCGGUUCCUCUGACCCUCAUCGUCUGCUGCGGGGCACUAAAGAGGAGGCUGCAGAAGCUGAUGGGCCGGAAGUCCAAAGACAUUCAAGACUCGUACGUGACGUUUGAGACUCUGUCUCCA